AUGGCGACCCAGCAGGAACCCGAGACGGCCUCUUCCGGCGCUGGCGCUGGCCUGGGCGCGGGCGCGGUCGCUACCUCUGCCUCUGCUCCGGCCUCGUCCCGGGCAUCGACCACCAAGUCGGAGCGCUCGUCCACGUCGACGCCAAAGGAUAAGCCAGACGGGCCCGAUGACAACACGAGCACCCUGCCCGUGCGCGACAAGGACUCGUUCAACCAGCUCCUGAUACAGCAGUACAUCGAGAGGGAUCACCUGCACUCGGCUGCCAUGAUCGGCGACCAGGAACGCAUCAACAACCACAGCAAGCGCAGCUACAAGAUGAUUGCCGACUACAAGCUGGUGAGGAACGAAUACCGCCCGUGGUUCACCCCGAGCAGGCUGUACGGCGAAGGGUACGCCGGCUAUGCCAAUGGCCGAACCGAGAUUGGUGGCCCCUCGCGCUUGCUGUACCCACAGCAGAAGCCGCGCCCGGGCAAGCGCACGACGCCUGCUCUGAAGUGGAAGAGGAAGGAUAUGAAGCAGCAGGCCGAACAGCACGAGGAGCUCGUCCCCGUACGCGUGGAUGUCGACUGGGACAAGAUCAGACUUCGCGACACCUUCACCUGGAAUCUCCACGAACGACUAGCCGCCCCCGAGCUAUUCGCCGCUCAAUUGAUCGAAGACAUGGGCCUGAAAGCGCCCGCCGCCCAGCCUGUCUACGAACAGGUCAUCCAGCAGGUCCACGAACAACUCAACGACUUUUACCCCUUUGUCUUCUCGGACGAAGACGCCCUCGACCCCGAACUUCCCUACUCGGCCUGGAAGAAUGAUGAGAUGCGCAUCCUGGUCAAGCUGAACAUAACAAUCGGCCAGCACACCCUUGUCGACCAAUUCGAGUGGGAAAUCAACAACCCGCUGAACUCGCCCGAGGAAUUUGCCGCGAGCAUGGCCAAGGAAUUGUCCCUCAGCGGCGAGUUCACAACCGCUAUUGCCCAUUGCAUUCGGGAACAGAGCCAGCUGUUCACUCGGAGUCUGUACAGCAUAGGGCAUCCAUUUGAUGGACGGCCGAUCGAGGAUCCGGAUCUUGUCGCCGCAUUUCUCCCCUCACCUCUGCCCAGCGUCUUCCGGCCCCAGCAGCAAGCCAAGGAGUACGCGCCUUACCUGUACGAACUCAGCGAGCAGGAAUUGGAGAAGAACGAGGUCAUUUUCCAGCGAGAGCAACGGCGGCAGAAGAGAGCCACUGUCAACAGGAGAGGAGGCCCCUCGUUGCCUGACCUGAAGGAGCGGCAAAGAACCAUCCGCACCUUGGUCGUGUCGUCUACUUUACCGGGUGCGGCUACCAAUAUCGAGGAUACCACCUUGUACAAACGAGUCGCCGGUGCCCCUCGUAAGGGACGUGGAGCCAGAGACGACCUCUCCGAGUCCGAUGAGAGCGACGACUCUUCGCCUGAUUCGCCCGCAGCCUCUCAAUUGGCAGGUACUGCCAGGACACGAGGCAUGCGUGGCGCAGCGACGGCUGCUGUGUCACGGAUGGCGAACAUUGGUCGUUCUGAGACGCCUGAAGCGACGAUACACCAUCAUGAGACCCGGACGUCCAGGAGGUUCGGGCGCGAACUUACGAGAGAGGCGACAGAAGAGCCACAACACAUGGUUGUCACCUUGAAGGUCGGUCGGGAGAGGUUAAGGAAGUUCUUCCGAGACCAGAAAAUGAAGCACAGCACGCCGUCUGGAUCUCAAACACCCUCAAUAGCCCAUGCUCGAGCCCCAAGUGCUUCAGCUCGGGCUUCUAUGCCACCUCCCUCUACUCCUGGCGCUGUAAAUACCGCUUCUGCUACUGCUACUGCUACUGCAGCCGCGCCUGUUCGCACUCCGACCGUCACCAAUAAUGGCAUUCCCCCAGGACAGAUUGGCCGUCUGGAAGCACCUCCUCCAACGGCAACCACUCCGCAACCCCCUCUUCCCUCACCUCCCUCGUGGCUUUCACAGUCGCUAGAAAAUUGGAAGCAAAACGAAACGUACGCCAACGACCAGUUCGAGGGACUCAUGCGCUACAGUGCGGUUGACGGCACGACCGGCUCGCCGGUUGCCAUGCCGCAACCUGGUAAUGUACCAUCAAACGUCAAGUUCUACUUCCUUCCGCGCAUCAGGUGUCUAGAUUGCCCGGGCAAGCUAUAUACCCCUGGCCCUGACAUGUCCACGGUCAACUUCGAAGUGCACCUGAAGAAUCGUGCACAUCGGGAAAAGGUGGAAGCACGCUUGCGUUCAAGCCAGGGUUAG